GUUUUCUUCAGUGGGAACACCCGCUGCCACCACGGCCCAAGAAAGACGCUCAGCGCCUCUUUCGGCGCCAGCCUGUCUUCGCUGCAGCUUCCCGCCCACCCGCACCACUGCCGGCGGACCCUCCUGUACUUUUGCUUUCUCUGCAUCGCCCCAGCAUCUUUUCUUUGCCCGAUUCAUCAUCACUCUCCUCGUAUUCACUUGCUCCAGGAGGCUUUUCUUAAAACGCUCUUCUAAUUUUCUUUCUCUUUACGCAAGAUUAAGAAAUAGAAAAAAAAGACUCUUGUCUUUUGUCCCUUCCUUUCCCCGAAAGCACGAGUACAAGGACAGCACAAUUUCAUUGUCUUGUCCAGCCCGAUCGCAGGGUUCAACGUUUAAUUACAUUCCAGCCCAAUCAUCGCCUGUGGCUCAUUACCCUUAGAGAACCUGCAUCCUGACGCCUUUUAUCGACUCCUGCGUUCCGCAUACAUCGAUUACGAAAAAGAAUAAACGCUCUUGUGUAUCGGUCUAAUUUUAUGUCGCUUCCUGCUUUACGCCACCUCUCAGUUCCAGACAGCAGAUCUUGACCGCCCAAGCGACAUUCCAGGCGCUGACACUCGGCGCAUUUCGACCUCAACGACCUCGCCUCACCUACGAUUUGUUUGCGAAACGGCGCAUUCCCUGUGUAACACAACGUUAAAAUACCAUUUUUUUUUCUUCGCUUUGACCAUGCUGCGCGACUACCCAUCGUAUUCAAGUCCAACGAUUCACGAUACGUCCACUGAGGCGGCUAGGUACUAACUUGGUUACGUACAAACGCACAGCUGCACAACCGACAGUGUUCUUUAGAAACUGCGCAACAUGGCCAUUUGGCCAUUCCGCCGAAAAAGCGUGCGCAAGCGCAUGCGCAGCGCUACCGAAAGCGAUGCGAUACCUCCUAGAGGCCGACAGGACAGCGGACUCGCUCGCGCUGCUUCCAAAAAGAAGAAUUCUCAACCCGCCAAGCUGCAACGCCGCGCCCGCACCUACAGCUUUUCGCCUGGCCGUGAAGAUGCUAUCCUUGCUCAGCGAAUCGCAACAGGCAAGGCUCCAGCAAACAGCAACUCAGCGACACCCUUUGAACGGGUACCCACGUUAUAUCACAAACGAAGCGAUCUCCAGCCUGCUAGGCGCAAAAGCAGCAAACGCCGCAGGGAAGACCAUGAGCGAGAGGCAGAGAUUAAAGCUAUGAGCGCACAAAUGCCCCAGCUCCCGGUCGAAGAUAUCUGGCCCGCAGAACGACUCCGAAGAGAUUCUAUUAAACGGAGCAAAACCAACAAGUCAACAGCGAGCUGGCGCGACCAACCAUCCGAUGUGUCGCUUCCCAUGUCGUUCCACUCCGCCAAUGCUGCUAACUUGGACUCCACGGAAUACAAGGUUCCCUUUUUCAGCUCUCUUGCGCCGAGACCAACUCUACGAUAUACACCGUCGCAGAGACAGGCUUCGCGAAACCAGAGCGCCGUACGCUCACAGUCCUCUAGAAAGCCCGGAGCUAGCGAGACAAUCCAAGAAGAGCGCUUAGACGAAUCUAAGCGAAUGGAUGAUCUCGCGGAUGGCCUCGACUCAAGCGAUCUGAGAGAACUCAUGGAGCGUGACUAUAGACGACGUGAGCGACAACGCGUUAUAGACCAGGAAAAGCUGGAGCGAAGGCUUGCCCGGAAAGCAGAGCGCGCCAAGCAAGAAAUCCGUGAAGCAAGCGAAUCUGGUACCCCUCCCCCGCAAAACCAUGAGCGCGGGGUCUUGGGGCGAGAACUUGUUGGACUGGGUAUUGACCCUCCUUCUGCCGUAGUCACCUCAUCUCAGCAUCGCGACAGCCCAUCUCCAAACGCCAUGUCUAUUGUUGAGGACCAGACCGGAGGCAGAAGUUCACCUCUGGAAUCGUUUCAACCCGUCGAUGCGUCAGAAGAACCACGAGCGCCAGCAAACGAGCCUGUGGCAAUCGCGCAAGAGAUGGGAACCCCUCUACCGGAACUCCCUUCGAAGGCCGGCUUCCUUCGGUCAAAGAAAUCACGGUCAAAGUCUACGCUUGCGUCGGAUAAAGAUAAGAUUGGCAGUGGUGAUGACUAUGAUCCACCUCGAAAAGAAUCCAACGCAAGCACACACGGCACUCGACGCUCUUUCAGCUUCUUCCUGAAAUGGGGCAACCGCGGCAAGCGAAACUCUGGCGGUCCAUCAUCAUUCUCCAACACAUCCCGUGAAGAGAUGCAGUUUGCAGCCGCCCAGUCACAGAUAUCCAUUGCUCAAGCACAAGCGGAAGCAUUGGCAAAGCUUCAAGGCGAGGAUCUGCCCAGAGAAUCGACAAGCCUGCCGACCAUGGGAGCUAGCCCCUUUGUUAACAAACCGAGCAGCGGAAUGCCAAAGCGUACGAAAUCAAGGUUCCGUGAAGAUCUUCCCGACUUCCCGCUAUCGCCGCCUGACUCUCGCGUACAAUCUCCAGAGGCAGAUCCGCCACUGCCCAGCGUCGCUGAGGCUAAUAGCCCGGAGAUAAAAACGCAACCUAUCCCCAUUCCACAGCCUGGAGGCGCUUAUCCCAACCGUUCCAUUGAGAACAUAAUGCAUACUUCCAUGCCAAACCGAUUAUCGGGCACCAAUUCAUCUGACCCGCACAUGUCGAUUUCAUUAGCUUCGAUUGACUCUGAGGGCUCAUGGCUCUCUGGACGAGGUGGUAACCGCCGGUCUCAGGCUCUCCGCGAUAGCAUCGCCAGAGCCAACCGCCGUGAAGCUGGCCAAUCCAGCACGUCGCUAUCUAACAGCACGCGUGAAGACCUGGCUAUUACCGACGAUGAGUAUCUCUCGCGCGUCACCCCUACCCGCAGCGGACAAGAAAGAUUGUCUGGUGAGGGAGUCCCCAGCAGUGAUGACGAGCGAGUCUCAUCUGAAGGAGCUAAAUGGGGCACCGUUGGAGCGCAGCCCAAUGUGGUUAUUGGGGACCGCAACACCAUGCAUAGCCAUCACGGACUGCUCAACACCACCGACUCUGGAGAUGAUAGCGGAACAGACUCGCCCAUCUCACCGAGUGUAGUGGAAGCUGCCAGUCUAGAACGAGCCCACAGCGUCAACAUGGGUAAAGGCCACGCGCGUAACUUUAGCGCUGGCAGUGCCCGGCUCCUCGAUAUUACACCACGAGGAUCUGUCGACGGCAAGCGUCGAAGCGGCGGCGGCCUGAAGACUGUUGAAACAAAUGGUGAAGUGAAGCAGUAAAGGAAAUGACGAAAACGAUGACGAUUUAACGAAUGCUGAUGCCUAAACACAAAAACAAUUUGAAAAGGAAGAAACUCAAAAUUAUUCCCUAUGUCACUCAGCAAAAUACGGCAAAAACCACCAAAAAACAUGAAAAAACAUGAAAA